AUGAUUCCCUCUUAUUUUCUUACCAUAUUCCUUCCUUACUACUCAGCUGUCUUUUUCUUACGCUUCAUUAUGAUUCCUCAUUUUUAUUUUCUUACCAGUUUUUCCAUGUUUUUCUUCCAGCUUCAUCUGUCUUUUCUUACGCUUCAUUAUGAUUCCCUCUUAUUUUCUUACCAUGUUUCUUCCUUACUACUCAGUUGUCAUUUUCUUACUAUGUUUCUUUAUGAUUCCUUCAUGAUAUUUUCUUACUAUGUUUCUUCCUUACUACUCAGCUGUCUUUUCUUACCAUGUUUCUUCCUUACCUUCAUUAUGAUUCCCUCUUAUUUUCUUACCAUCUGUCUUUUUCUUACCUUUUCUUUCAUUAUGAUUUCCCUCUUAUUUUCUUACCAUAUUUCUUCCUUACUCCUCAGCUGUCAUUUUUUUUUUUCUUGCCCUUUCAUUCUUAUUUUCUUACUAUAUUUUUCCCUUACUUACUCAGCUGUCUUUUCUCAUCCUUCAUUUUUUUUCUUAUUUUUUUCUUACCAUGUUUCUUCCUUACUACUCAGCUGUCUUUUUCUUACCCUUCAUUAUGAUUCCCUCUUAUUUCCUUACUACUCAGCUGUCUUUUUCUCAUCCUUCAUUUUGUUUCCCUCUUAUUUUCUUACCAUGUUUCUUCCUUACUACUCAGCUGUUAUUUUUUCUUACCUUUCUGUCUUUUUUCUCAUCCUUCAUUUUGAUUCCUCUUUUUUUCUUUUAUGUUUUCUUCCUUACUACUCAGCUGUCUUUUUCUUACCCUUCAUUAUGAUUCCUACUCAGCUUAUUUUCUUACCUUUAUUCUUCCUUACUACUCAGCUGUUUUUUUUUCUUCACCCUUCAUUAUUUUCUUCCUUACUACUCAUUUUCUUUUUCUUAUUUUCUUCCUUACUACUAGCUGUCUUUUUCUUUCUUACUUUAUUUCCUCUUAUUUUUCUUACUAUGUUUUUCUUCCUUCAUUAUGAUUCCCUCUUAUUUUCUUACUAUGUUUCUUCCUUACUACUCAGCUGUCUUUUUCUUACCCUUCAUUAUGAUUCCCUCUUACUUUCUUACCAUGUUUCUUCCUUACUGCUCAGUUGUCAUUUUCUUACUAUGUUUCUUCCUUACUACUCAGCUGUCUUUUUCUUACCCUUCAUUAUGAUUCCCUCUUAUUUUCUUACCAUGUUUCUUCCUUACAACUCAGCUCUCAUUUCCUCCUUCACCAUGAUUCUAUAUUUUAUUUUAUCGUUUUUCUUCCAUCUUACUCAGUUUUCUUUUACUUCUUCUUCCCCAAGUGUCUAUCUUAUUGUUUAUUCUCUUGAUUCCCUCCUCUUCAGUUAUCUAUCUAUCUAUCUAUCUAUCUAUCUAUCUAUCUAUCUAUCUAUAUGA